UUCGCGAGCAUCUCAUUCGGCAAUCUGACGUCGAAGAGCUCGGACAUCCGAGAUGGGAACGCUGUAUGCGGGAUAUAGUUUGCUUCUAGAGCUCUUGUUCAUUUCGGCGUCAUCAUAUGCACAGAAUGCUCCUUGGAACGGAGUGGCUCCAUCGUAUCUAUCGAUUGACGUCUACGGAAACUGCCAAGCCCACGAUCGGCCACUGAUUGGAAAAUGUGUGAGGUACGUGGACUGCAUCAGUGCCAUGCAGGCAGUUCCCCGGGUGACACCACUGCUCUGUCCGUCAUCGUGGCCGAAUCAGCUGGUUUGCUGUCCACACGGUGGAUACUUGAUGCCGCCGCCCAGCAUCUCGAAGAGCGAACAAGCCUGUGCCAAUGCGUAUCCAAGAGUUCCUCAUAAGCGCCGUCGACGCCGUCGGAAUACAAACCCUGAAACCCUGGAUCAAGUGGAACUAGUUGAGCCAAUUAUACAAAAGCGCAAUCAGAGCCAGAACUUGCUGGUGGGUGGCAGACUCACUCAGGAGAACGAGCAUCCCUACAUGUGCGCCCUCGGUUGGCCGUCCCGCACGAACAGAUGGAUUCAUGAGCACGGCUCCAGCAAGCGCAGAUACAUGUUCAACUGUGGCUGCGUUAUGAUUGCGCCUCGGUUCGCCAUAACGGCAGCCCACUGUGCCAGCGUCGGUGGGGAACCCCCGUCAGUGGCGUUGAUUGGUGGCGUUGAGCUGAACAGCGGGCGCGGGCAAUUGAUAGAAAUCAAGCGGAUCACCACGCAUCCGCACUUCGAUGAGGAGACCCUAAGCAAUGACCUGGCGGUGGUCAAGCUGGCCAGGAGAUCCCACAUGCCAGUGGCCUGCCUAUGGAACCAGGAAUCCUUGCCCGAGAGACCGCUCACUGCCCUCGGCUAUGGGCAAACCAAGUUCGCUGGCCCGCACUCCAAGUAUCUGCUGCAGAUAAUGCUUUACCACCUGAAUUUUCAACAAUGCCAGCGGUACUUGCAAAGCUAUGACAAACUGGCCAAUGGACUGGGAUCGGGACAAAUGUGCGCGGGAGACUACUCCGGCAAUAUGGACACCUGCCAGGGCGAUUCUGGAGGACCCCUGCUGCUCCACCAACAGAUGCGCCACCACCACCAUCCGAUUCCCUAUGCGGUGGGAAUAACGUCCUUUGGAGGAGCCUGUGCAUCCGGACAACCUGGAGUCUAUGUUCGAAUAUCCCACUACAUACCGUGGAUAGAGCAACAAGUAUGGCCUUGAUUCUUCUAAGAAAGUAUAUGGGUUCCAUGGAAUUCCAACAUUUUAAAUACUCAUUCAUAAAUUAUUACAUUGAAAGCACAUGUUGAAAAAGUGAAAAAAAUUGAAUAUUUUAUAAAGCAUAUAUAGUAAAU